UUGUGUAUUUGUCUUACGUAAAGAACUGUGUAUAAUUCUAGUGGAAGUAGCAUGUGUCGCUGGUAUCUGUCCUCUCAAUAGUCUUGCCUUAAGUGACAAGGUUUAACGGGGUCCAGAACAUGCUCGCUUUCACAUGAACGUUGUAGUAAAUGCUGCAAUGGUGGGAGGUAUCGUUAGGUAGCCUAGUUAUGUUCCAGAGAUAGUUGGUUUUCAAACUACUUGUUUGACUGUACUUUGGUAAACAGUGGUUUUUAACUUAAAUAAGUAACGUUAGCUGGCUAGUUAACAUUACACUUAUGUCAGUAGACAGCAAACAAAAUGUUGCAGCAGUUCAAAGCAAUUACCCAGGUAACACAACAGUUAGUGUCAGUUAUGGGACAAGGCCACCAACCCCUCCAACAGACAAGAAGACUGGGAGUAUAUUAUGGGAUUCUGUGAUCAAAUAAACAAAGAACUCGAAGGGCCACAGAUCUCUGUGAGGUUAUUAGCGCACAAAAUACAAUCUCCUCAGGAAUGGGAGGCAAUACAAGCAUUGACUGUUUUAGAAGCUUGCAUGAAGAAUUGUGGGAAAAGGUUUCAUAAUGAAGUUGGCAAAUUUAGGUUUUUAAAUGAACUAAUCAAAGUGGUUUCACCAAAGUAUUUAGGGGACAGAGUAUCAGAACAGGUGAAGAUAAAAGUUAUUGAAAUGCUAUACAGUUGGUCUGUUGCUCUACCAGAUGAAGCAAAGAUAAGUGAGGCCUACCAAAUGCUUAAGCGGCAAGGUAUUGUUACAGUAGACCCUGAUGUUCCUGUGGACAAAACAUUGAUCCCCUCACCUCCAGUGAGGCAGAAGAAUCCAGUAUUUGAAAAUGAGGAGAAGAGUAAGCGACUAGCAGAGCUUCUGAAGAGUAAGAAGCCAGAAGACUUACAAGAGGCCAACCGGCUCAUCAAGAACAUGGUCAAGGAGGACGAAGUCCGAAUGCAAAGAGCCUCUAAACGCAUCAAUACGCUGGCGGAAGUUAAUAACAGUGUGAAGCUUUUGAAUGAGAUGCUUAGUCAUUUCAAUCAAGACGAGUCGUCUCAGGCAGACAAGGAGCUCAUCAAGGAGCUGCAUGAUGAGUGUGAUAAACUCAGGCGUGAAGUUUUUAAAUUGGCCACAGAAACAGAAGACAACGACAACAGUUUAGGGGAAAUCUUGCAGGCUAGUGAUGAUCUCUCACGUGUCAUCAACUCUUAUAAAGAGAUUGUGGAAGGGCAGACCAUUAAUGGCGAUACCCCUGGAUCAUCGAUGUCAGAGCGGACAACUGAUGGCAGCAGCUCUGAGAUUCUGAUUGAUCUGGCGGGCCUGGAUGUCCAGAGCCCGACUGCUCUGGAGCAGACGCCUGCUCCUCCGCCCGGCUCCUUUGAAGGCCUCCCUCCAGACCUGCUCAUGCCCUCCUCCUCUGCCCCGUGCGCUCUUCCUCCAUUGUUCAGCCAGCCUUCUGGACAGCAGUACAGCUCUGGUGGUGGAGGGCACAGCCUAAGCCAUCCAGCUAUUCAGCCUUCCACCUCUCUCUCCUUAUUGGAUGAAGAACUCCUCUCCUUAGGCCUUAGCGAUCCAGUCAGCAGUCUCAACAUUCAAACUGAAGAAAACCCAAAGGACGAUGACUUGAACAAUCAAUGGACAAAUCCACAGAAUCCCUCAUCACUGAUGGACCUCCUGGGAAGUUCACCUCCCUCAGACCCAAUGCUCCCUCUUCAGUCUUCAGAUUCUACCUCAACAAAAGGUCCUGCGCUUCCUUUCUCAGAAGUCUCAGCGGCGGCUCCUUUUCCUUUCCCCAGCGCGGCUCAGUCAGUGUCCGUCUCGCUCAACCAAGGCCUGCAGGACCUGGCCAUGCUUGACCUGGGAAGUCCAAGCAGUUUGUCUGGGCUGGCCAGCUCGGGUGCCCAGUUUGGGAUGGGAGAGGCUGCCGCGGCGGCGCCGUUGGUCACCCUCUUCUCCGCUCCCAUGCCCGGUCCUGCCCUUGGCUGCGUGCCUGCUCCUGGCGCUGCCUCCUUUGUUCAGAGCCAGGCGGCGGGCACGGCUCCAGGAAGCUCCCAUUUCCGGCCUCUGUCACCCAUCCUCCCCAUGAGCCAGGAGAGCCCUGCCAGGGGCGCGGAAAUCUCCCUGACUAACGUCUUUGUCCCUCUGGACUCCAUCAAGCCCAGCAAAGCAUGCCCAGUGACGGCCUAUGAUAAGGACGGCGUGCGUGUUCUCCUGCACUUUGCCAGCGAGUGCCCCCCAGGCCGGCCAGACGUGCUGGUCAUCGUGGUGUCCAUGCUGAACACCGCACCGCUGCCAGUCAGCUGUGUGGUCCUGCAGGCUGCUGUGCCCAAGUCAAUGAAGGUCAAACUCCAGCCACCCUCGGGGACUGAGCUGCCUCCCUUCAACCCAAUCCUCCCGCCUGGAGCCAUCACACAAGUCAUGCUGCUGGCCAACCCGCUCAAGGAGAAAGUAAGGAUGCGCUACAAACUGACAUUUACCUUGGGAGAUCAGCCCCACACAGAGGCGGGAGAGGUAGACCAGUUCCCGCCUGCAGAGAAGUGGGGGAGUCUAUAGCUCUCCCCUCCUCCUGAACUCACCAGCUGCACAGUGGAACACUCACAUCUGAUGAAGAGCAAUGAAGUCCCCAUGCUGACAAGGGGUACCCCCCACCCCACCCCACCCCUCUGUGUUUUUAUGAAUGUCUCAUGAUCUUAGACCAUAAAGUGCUAUUAGCAACCAACAUGUCAUCAGAAAUUGUGAUCUUGGUGUGGCGUAAUGUUCAGGUGUCACCUCUAGAGGUCGCUUCCUUUGCUAGGUCAUGUCAAGUCCUGCUCCUCUUGCCUGGCUGUGUAGAGGUGCUGGACGUGUCAUCCAUGCUUAAACAGAUACGCAUUUAUCCACAGUGCCACUCUGGGUCACGGUACUAUGGGUCAAGAGGACUAUGAGUGCCGGUAAAUCACAUGUCGGGCAACUUGUGGUGCCUGCAGCUGUUAAGCCAGACAGCAAACACAGUCCAUUGAAGUUGCUGGCUGGGGACAAUAUGGCUUUGUAAUGAACAAGACUGGGCCUCUACCUACCGUGUACACCUUUGUAGUACCUCAUCUUCUGGGAGAUCCCCUGUCCUACUCGUCAAGGACAACAUUGAAGGUCAUCAAACUAUACAUUUUGGAUUUUUUAUUUAUUUAAAAUUGUUUUGUUGCUGUCAGUGUUUAAAUGGCUGUUCAUUACCUACUAUAUGUGUACCUUCAUAUUUAUUUUGGCACUUUUGUUAAUGUCAUUGCAGUGUUGGGUAUAUUUAAAUGCAUUGUUUACCUUGUACUGUGAUGCUGUAUACAUAGGUGGGUAACACAGUGUAGCCUUAUCAUAUAGGAAAGGAAGCCUGUUUUCUGUUACUGAUCAUACUAAUGCAGCAGUAAAUAUUAAUUGCUUAGGGGUAUUUGUGGUCAUUGUAAUGGUUUAUUAUAUUCCCUUUCAUUGUGACACCAAUAAUACAUGUUUGUUAUUAACAAAACAUUUUUGGACCAAUGUCAUUUACAUUGUAGUGUGUGUGUGUAUCAAAAACAACCUCUGCAUUUGCUAACAUGUGAAUGUGAAUCUGGUCCUUAUAGUUGUAUCUCAUUUUGGUAUCAUCUUCUGUUCAUGCAUUAGUGGCAUGUUUGUUUUUCUUUCUCACGUGUUGGACUGUCAUUAUAUGGAAUUAUGUUUUGGUUAACAAGCACACUUACCUUCGCAACCCUAGGUAGCCAUACAGUGUAUGUGGCACUCCCAUUUAUACGAUGCUGUAGUCUGUAGGUUUGCAAUUUAUUCAUUGUAUGCCUACAGAUGUUUUUUUUUUUUAUGUUCAAGGCACUUCUGGCUCCUUACAGAAGCCCAAACUGGUAUGGUUUUAUGACUUUCCUCUAUGUCAUACUACUGUUUCUUUCAAGACAUUAUCAAUACAUUUAAUGCUAAUUAAAUGUGUGGUUCUUAACUAAUCUAAAGAUGUAAAUAGGUAGAUGGAGAAUUACUGCAUGACCGAUUAAAGUAGCCCAUCAUUUAAAAUGA